CAAUGACUAGUCAAGCUGGUAUUGAAACAGUUCAGUUGUCGGAUUAUCUCAAAAAUCUUGAAAAUGCAUGUGAAACACCAAUUUUCGGUUAUACCCAUCAAAGUUUGGAAGAUGAAAUGGCUAGACAACAGACAAUUGAAGGAUCGUCAAAAUGGAUAAAAGAAAGUGUAACUAGCUCGAAUCAUGAUAUUUUGAAUCAAAUCAGCUAUAUAACAGAACGAGUUGAAACGAAUAAAGAUUGUUUACAUUAUUUAGCUGGAAUUACAAGUAUGGAAGAUAUUUAUUCUGAUGUUGCAGCAUUCAAUGCUAAACGUGCAUUAAGACUUAUUAUGGAAAAUCUUGAUAAUAAAUUUUGGAGAAGAAAAUUAUCUGGACCUAUUAAUCGAUGCUGGCAAAAUCUUGGUCGAUAUUCAGAAUUAGCAACUAUACAUCUUAAAAAUGCUGCCGAUUUUCAUCAGUUUUAUUACGAUGCCAGACAUUUAGAAACUAAACUUUAUGACAGACAUAAGAAAUUUCUAUAUAAUCGUGGUCGAUUUGCUGAAAUGAAUCAUGAAUAUUAUACAAAUUCAUCAAAAGAACUAAGAGAUUGGUUAAGAAGUCAGUUUGAUCAUUUAAACUAUGUGGUCAAUCGUUCAAAACAAUUAAUUGAACAAUCUAAAUCACUUGUGCCUAUUUAUCUACGAACUAAUCGUAUUAAAUCCCCUGUAAAUGGUGUAAUGUUAUGCGAUUAUGAAACACCUAAAUUUAAACUAACCGCUGGUGAACGAAUUGUUAUAAUCGACAAUAUGGCUGGUGGUGUAGAAAAUAAACAGAAAUUCCUACUAAGAACAGGUACUAAUCAAGAGGAAGAUAUAACAUCUGAAGCAUCACACAAUAUGACAUCUGAUACAUUGGAUAUUUGUGAAACAGACAGUGACAGUCAUUCAAGAACUGAAGAAAUAGACGAUCGUUCAACUGACAGUAACUCUUAUUUACGAUAUCCAAAACCUAGAAUUACAACAAUGCCUUAUUGGAAUUUCGGUCGUGGUCAAACCAGUGGUUCUGAAAUCACAAGUAGUGAUCAAACGAGUAGUACUUUUACAGAAAAUGUCAGUCCGUUGGGACAAUCAUCGUCAAAGCUUCAUUGGCAUAUUAGAAGUAUUGAUGGGAAAGUCGAAGCAUUAGUACCAUCUGUAUGUGUAUGGAUUCCGUCACCUGAUAUGGAAGCUCAAGAGAAGGCAAUAAAACUGUAUAAAGUUAUAUUGGACAGUUGGAAUUACAUAAUAGAUGAACAAUUAAAAAUUUGUCUUCAAUUUUUCACUAUCUUAUUACAACGGUUUAUUGAAAGCGAUGGUUUAACUACAGAUGAUGAUGAAGCAUUUAAACGAUUUCUAAAUAACUUAGAAUUCUUACGACUUAUUGAUGCUACACGUGAACAUUGGAAUAAAACAAAAACAUUUGGAACACGUACGUCAGAUAGCAUUCAUCUACGUCGAACAGAAAUUGCAAUAUUUCAAAGUUUGCUGGAUUGGAAUAAAGCUCAUAUGAGAACUAUAAAACAAUAUGAACAAGAAAACAUUAUACCACUUGAUUUAUCACAAAAACUCAAUGAUCUUCAAGAGCAAAGUUUUCAUAUGAUGGAAACUGUGACACUUGUCAAUGAUUUAGCUCAGAAGGAUAAGAAAAAAUUAGAUAGUUUAUUAAAUCAAUUAAGAAUAUGGAAUAAACAAACAAAAGACAAAAAUCAAUUUAAUAUUUAUUCAUUAUCAUCAAGUUCUGAUGAUGAAUGGCUGUCAAGUUCAGGUUCAGAGUAUAUAAAUUCAGAAAGUACUUAUGAAUCGGUUGAUGAAACAGAAACAUCAUAUAUCGUUCAUUCGAAACAAAUUAAACAACCACGUUUUACAAGUAGUUUAAAAUUUCCACAUAAAACGUUUAUACUGCCAGCUAUAUUCACAUAUGAUGAAGAAAUGGUGUGUAGUUGUACUACGAGUGAAGAAAUUCAAAGUAUUGGUACAGGUAGUUCUUGUACAACCGACGAUGAAAUUGAGGAUUAUCAAAAAUACCAUUUAAAACAAGAUUUUCGUACAAAAUCGGAGGACGAUUUCUUGAAAGAAAAUAAAAAUUUCAGUAGAAAAUACAUCGAUACAAAAGAUGGUGGGCGCUAUUCAGUUGUCUAUAUCGAAGUAGCGCCAACUGAAGAAACUAAUAUACUUGAUUCCAUUGAUCAAGAAAAUUUGAAACCGUCAACAAUUUCAAAAUCUACGCAAUCAGAAGAUCCUUUGAAAAAAACAAAAUUUACGCGGAGAACAUGGAUAGAAAAGCAGCAUGUUGAAGAAGCAAAGAGUUUGACUAAAAUUGAAGAGUCAGCUAGAAUAAUUCAUACAAGGCCUAGCAAAGUUCAAAUCACAGAUAUAGGUAUAGAAGCACGUCCAACCUUCAGAAGCAUUGAAUGCUGUACUAGAGAUCUUAUAACCACAACUUCACAAUCAAUAACAGAAUUACGAAAACAACCACGUCAAAUUACCAAACAAAGAGAGAAUGUUCAAACACAAACAGAAAAGCACUCUGAAGAUUUCAUCUACGCAGUUAGGCAGUACGCACAUGUAAAAGAGAUAACAGAAGCUCAAUUCAAUCAGCUCAUUCAACAAGAAGUAGAAAAGUUGAAAUCUAAAGGCAGAGGCGACAGAGCUUGUCAAACUUAUGAAAUAAUGAAAAGCCCUGUGGGAAUAUAUGAAAUUACAUCUGAUGAUCAUAAACCACAUGAAAAAGUUCCAGAAAGUCCACGAUUAAAAGGUGAAUUUGGUUGUCAGUAUCAACAACAAAUAAGACUUCUUGACAAACAGGAGCAUACCUUAUAG